AUGGUCACCACGAACGCCCUUUUUGUGCGAGACGACUGGGUCAAGAAAAGUCGGGCUGCCAUCAAGAAUCUGGAGCCUAGCUUUGCUAGCCCAACAUCGAAACGUGCUAUGGACAGUCAAGACGCCGGACCACCACCCAGAAAGCGUGAGUCUCGUUCAGGAACCCGAAAAGUUGCUGCUCUCUCUUCCGAGCAGCUGGAACGGAAACGUGCAAACGACCGGGAAGCUCAACGAUCCAUUCGACAGCGCACCAAAGAGCAUAUCGAGCAACUCGAGACACAAGUUUCGUUCCUGCAGGCCCAGAUUGCGGAAAUGCGAUCCCAAAAUGAUCAAUUUCAAGAGAUCCUUCAAAGGAAUGCUGCUCUAGAGGACGAGGUCGGUCGCUUGAAACGCCAGCUGGCCUAUUCAGGCCAUCCCGGAAUGGCAGCAGAUGGUGAAGAAGUUCUUCCCUACCCAAGUAGUUGGCAUUCGGGUGAAGAUCCUGGGAAUUCAGCGUCGAAUGUCCCAGAAGCUAGCACGAUGCUUCCAUCAUCUCAGUUUGCCGGAUCAUCUCAUCCUUUCUCGUCGAGGCUUCCACGGACACCAUCGGCCGUAUCGAUGUCAAGUCGAUCGUCGCACCCUCAAGAUUGGCAGCAAUACACAAACACGCGUUCGCCAUCUCUAGGCGAGGCCUCGGGGUCGGAGUUGCCAGGGCGCAUGGAGUCUUAUGUGUUAGACGGGCAUAUGCAACAGGGGGCGCGUCUGGCGCUCCCACCAUCCAUCGCCCUCUCGGCGCCACAGAUCAAUUAUUGCAGCACUGCAUCUCCCAGCCAACACUCCACUGAGAAUUCAUUUGCAGAGCCAUAUUCCGUAAGUCAGAGGGGCGGGGAAAACCCGCACUCGUCUUUGCAGUCGUCAAUAGACCACGUCCCUUCUUUGUUUCUGCCAUCCCAACGAACCCAGGCCAUUCCCAUGCCUGGCGUCAGCCCUGCGGCCCAACCAGCAUCGGCCCAGUCUUACCAAGCAGCUGCAGCACCGUACCAGGAUUCUCUACCGAGACAAAAGGAACACUAUCCUUAUCCUUGGAAGCCGCAAUCCUAA